UGAAAAUUUGGAACUUGUAUAAAUAAUGACAGGAGGUCCCGUUUAUUUAAUUUUUAUAUUGUGUUGUAAUUCGUCGUUGAAAGAUCCCGGUGGUUCUUGGAUGUCAUACAAAACACAUUUACAUGCAAAUUACUCUUUAAGGGGAAAUUUUCAUUUUUACGGAGGGACAUUGUCUCCAGGGGAACAAUCAGUUGGAUCCAAAUUCUGGCUUCAGGCAUUUGAUGAAGGUGUCCGAAUAUUCAUCCGUCUUUCAUGGUUUUGCUAGCAACGGAGAUGUCACUCUGAAGAUGGAAUGGUCGUGCUCGAUCUAAUUGUUAAGUUACAUGCUAGUGAUGAUUUGUUAUCCAGGCUAAUUACCCACAGGACAGGUAGGAAAUUCAGUUCAAGGAACUGUACAACAUAAUGAUAAAUUUUGACAAGUUGCUACGCAAGGAAAUGUUUCUUCAUUGAUGAGUAAAGACAUGAAAAUACGAUCUCUUUCUUCAAAUACCGACAUAGUGGCGAAAGAAACUUUGUGAAUGACCUUCGAGCAUACAGAACAUGAUCAUGGCGGUAUCUUCGUCGUUUCUAAAGUUUAUAUCUCUUACUGUGGUCUUAUCGUGUACAGUAAAGGCAGAAGUCAAAAUGUUUCCUCGGAGGACUGCCUAUGAAGAUGGUACAAUCAUGUUAGGGGGUCUGUUUGAUCUACACCAUACCGAGGGAGUAAUUAACAACAGCUGCAGCAAUCUCCUCGCCUCAAACUUGGGUUCCUUACAAGCAAUGAUAUUUGCCAUCGAAAAAAUAAAUGAUAACAGGACAUUCUUGUCAAAUGUGACACUUGGAUAUGAACUCUUGGAUUACUGUCUCCAGCCAGCAAUAGCCGUUGAGGCGUCUUACGAAUUAGUGGUGAAAAGUGAUCAUCGAUUUUCACUCCAAAACUGUACAAGCGAAAACGCGUUCAGUGGCCACUUCAAAGAAAUAUCAGGCGUGAUUGGGCCAAUGGAUUCUGCCAGCGCAAUCAUGGUGUCGAGUCUGCUUAAAAUCGCGCACAUUCCGUCCAUAAGCUCCCUAGCGACAAGCGUGGAACUGAGUUCAACACUUUACAAACAUUUUUACCGCACAGUUUCGCCUGACAGUUGGCGCGCAAGUUUGCUAGCUGACAUGGCGCAGUUCUUCAACUGGACUUACGUUGCUGCAAUAGCGCUUGACGACUCCUUCGGCCGAUACGGAAUCUGGGGAAUAGAAAAAGAAGCAAACUCGAGAGAAAAGCUUUGUAUUGCCUUGAAAAAGUUUGUCCCCCGAGUGGAUCCUUAUGAUAAGUUUAAGGAAAUCGUGCUCGAGCUCAAGAAAAUGGAAAAUGUUAAGGUAGUGUUUUUUUGGCUUUACGGACAGUUCGCGCAAUCUUUUAUGGAAGAAGCAGUAAGACAAGGUGUUAGAGGAAAAACAUGGAUAUUUACUGACGGAACAGCGCCAACAGAUCCCUUUUUCGGACAUGAUCGCUUUGCUGGCUUACUUAAUGGAUCAUUUGGUGUUUUUCACAGGGCUGCGCGAUGUAAGGAAUACCAAAAAUAUCUGGUCAAUCUUGCUAAAAGGAACUUUUCGGGAAGCACCCAUCUGUGGUGGCAAGAAUACUGGCAUAACCAAAAAAAUAAAAACACUUUAUCUGGUUCAUUAGAAGAGUAUUUUUCUGAUGAGAAUCCAUUCAUUAGCAGUCCUUACGUUUCAUACACUAUUGAUGGGGUGUACGCCUUCGCACACGCCCUACACAAUAUGUACAACUGCAAGGAGCCACAUGGUCUCUUGGAGGGUGGAAAAUGCCCACGACUUCAAGAUCUGAAGGUGAUUGGGGAUUGUCUUGACCUUUACUUGAGGAAUGUGAGUUUCCAAGGAUUGACAGGGACAGUACAAUUUGACGAACGCGGUGACCCAUUGGAAGCUUCGUACGAUAUUGUAAACUUCAAGAGCCAGUUUGGCAAAGGUCUUCAGGGCGUUCUUAUCGGUUGGUGGGCUAGAAGAAGCAGUUCUAAACUACACUUGAACUUACCGAUGAUAACCUGGAACAAUCAAGAUGGAUUCGACGGCAUCCCCUCAUCAAUCUGCUCCAAAGACUGUAAACCGGGUGAAAGAAAAGUCACAAGAUCCUCUUGUUGUUGGGAAUGUGUCGACUGCCCAAUUGGUACCAUAAGUUCCGACGGUAUUUCUUCUAACUGUUCCCAAUGUUCCGAGAGAGAGAAACCCAACAACGAGAGGACACAAUGUAUGGAUCUUCCACUGAACAACUUGAAAUGGAGCGAUAUCUCAGCCCUUAUCGUGACAUGCACAGCAGCGCUUGGUCUGUGUUUGACCACCCUCUGUUUCGCUAUUUUCAUCAAGUAUCGGAAUACGCCGAUAGUAAAGGCUUCGAACAAGGAACUUAGCUUUAUUUUGCUGUUUGUAUUGGUGUUAUUUUUCGUCUUUGCUUUACUAAACUUAUUUACUCCCACAGACAUCUUGUGUAGAGUUGUCUGCAUCUGGCGCGACACUGUCUAUACCUUAUGCGUCUCCAUACUUCUUUUGAAGUCAAGAAAAAUCGUCAAGGCUUUUCGGCCUCAGGGUAAGUUACCCGACAGCUUGGCCUCCAGAACAAAUAGGCGGAAAAACUUCUGUUUCAAAGAACAGAGACUUCAUUUAUUUCUAUUAUCGUCCAUACAGAUCAUACUGAAUUUGAUUUGGAUUUUAGUGGACCCGCCCUCCAAAGAAACCAUCGUUCGUCCUCUUCAACAUAUUUUUGUGGUUUGUAAACCUUUUAGAUCCGUUUCUGGCCAUGUACUUUUAAUCAUUAGUGUAACAUUUCUCAUGAUCCUUUCACUUGCAUGUAUCUAUUAUGCUUUCAAAGGUAGAAAAAUUCCGGAAAAUUUUAACGAGGCGAGAUAUAUUGGUUUUGCAAUGUACAUUGUACUGUUGUGCUCCGCUGCUUAUUAUCCUGUGGUGUUUGGCUUGGAGGGAUGGUAUGUAGGCGUUAUCGGGGGAGUAACCACUCUCGUAAGCUCAUUUGCUCUUUUAGGUUGCAUGUUCGGGCCUAAAGUGUACGUAAUUAUUUUUAGUCCUGAGCAGAACACACGCGAGGCGAUUAGCACGGAGAUUACGAAGUAUUCAUUGUCUUCUGUGGCAGCGAUAGGAGGAGCGGCAGCUAGAGUAGCCCCAGUGCCCUCAUCACAGUCUUCACUUUGACCUUACAAUAACAAUAGCUGCCACGCAAAUCUAAGAUUUAUGGAAUAACUUCAUUUAGAAUUAGAACAACGCGGGCAUUUGGAAGGUCCUCCCGGCUAUUCCGAAAGUUUUUCUUCUCCGGUACGAAACAAUUUUUAGGUUUUAAUUUUAAUCUGUGUAUAAGAUUAGCCUAUACAGCCUCUCCUGGUUGCAUCUUUGCCGGUCAGAAUAAAGUCUAAGUUAAAGCUU